GCGCGGCGGGCGAUGGAGGGCGGGGCCGUGCGGGCCAUGGCGGCUCGGCUGGGCCUGGCCGAGCCCGCCGUGCUCAGAAAAGCUGAGGAGUAUCUGCGGCUGUCCCAGGUGAAAUGCACGGGGUUAAUGGCUCAAAUGACGGCGACAAGCAGUGCUGUGAUGUGCCUGGACCUGGCGGCCAGUUUCAUGAAGCAACCGGUUGACAAAAACUAUUGUGUUAAACUCUCUGGUUUGAACAAGACCACCUACCAGAGCUCCAUGAAGUCUUUGGAAUGUUUGCUAGAGGUGAACCAAAGGCUGGGGAUGCGAGACUUGGCUGUGCAGUUUUGCUGCUUAGAGGCAGUGAACAUGGCUUCAGAAAUCCUGCAGAGGUAUGAAUGCAGCCUCUCUGAAGCACAGCGAGUGGACCUGGAUUUCUCCAAACCCCUGUUUAUAACAGCUGCGCUGUGCACUGCAUGCAGGUGUUUGAAACAAAAAGUGGACAGAACUAAAAUGUUGGCUACAUCUGGAGUGAAAAAAGCAAUAUUUGACCGGCUGUGCAAUCAGCUGGAGAAGAUAAGCCAGCAACUCAGCAAAGAUGUUCCACUGGCUGCAGAGACACCUGACAGCUUGCAGACUGCCCUGGAGCAGUGUGAGCAGGAAGAGGGCUCUGAAGAGGAUGAGGAGAUGCCAUGUAAACGACCAAAGACUGAAACAAAGCAGGACUAUGAAGAAUGGAAAAAGAAAAUCCUGGAAAACGCUGCUAAGGCACAAGGGACAAGGAGUACUGACUCUGUAAUGCCACCCAGUAAUGCAACUGCUGCUUGCUCUUAAUUUUAACUCUCUCUCUGCUCUAACAAGAGAUCCAGUAGCAUAUGAGUGAUGGCUGCCUGGCAGACAGCUGAUUUUAUUUAGGUUUUAAGUAUUUAAGAACGUUAUUUGUAAUAAAUGACACCACGGAUUGAUAGGAAUUUACAGGAAGCCUGUCUGACUAUUCAGCAGGCUGUGGCAUUAGGGGUAGAAUAGCUUCAUUCUCUUGCUGCAAGAAGCAGGUAACAUUCUAAUGCUACUUUAAGUGUAAAUAAGUUAUAAGUUACAGGCCAUUGGGCCCCUGGCUGGAACCAGUCAGUGAAAUAAGAGGGAGGGGACUAACAGUGCCUUGUUAAACUGCAAUGCCAGCAGAGAAAUUAAGCCUUAUUUUUAAAAGGUUUUUUUUAAUAAAUAUUGUUUAGUCAUUGAAUUUGACUUAUUUUCAUGUGUAUAGGAACAAAGUCUCUUGUGCUUUUGUAAGAGGUCCCAAAUAUUCCAAGAAACAAUAAAAGUACUGGAAGGAAAA